UCCGACACAAAACCAUUAGAAUCGAAAGGCACGAGGCUGACAAGAGAUUCCCAUCCAUGUUUUAUCAAACCUCACAUCUACCUCUGUGGGACUUUUAUUAUCUGUUGACGUUCCAGACCUUCUUUGUUCCCCCCUCUCGGUCCUUUCUUCCACCAUUUGCCAAAGUUUACUGAUCAGGUCUGUACACCUCCGUACCACCACCACCGCUACCACACUCCACCACCAAUAACUACCGGCCGUACGAGUACAUUCGGCAACAACUCUCCCCUCCUUCCUCGAGGAGGUUCACAGAUUACUGAUCCUCCCCAUUCCCCCCAGAAGAAUGACCCAGCUUGUCAUUUUGGCGUCCCCCGGCAACCCAUUUUCCGUUUCGCGCGUCUCAAAAGCAGCGACGGGGAGGACGUACGUACGAUGGGGUGCAAUGAUCAGGUAUGGUGUUGAGUAAACUCCCUUUUUUCCCACCGACAUUCGAUAAAAUCUUGCCGUUCCAAGUCUUUGUUUAUUCAGCGUGUACGAGUGAGUACGAUCUAGGGGUAGGUCCAAAGUCCAAACCAACAACCGAGGGACAAACAACCAACCACCACCAGAACCGUGGUUGCCUCCCUCCGGUGGAAAAGAAAAGACUUCUCCCCUCGUUCGAGUGGUGUAUUGCCUUGUUUACUAAACAACUUUUUAUACUUUUUUUGGUCUCUAUUUCUAUCUGCCAUUCGUCUAGGACGCUCGUGCAAGGGGGGACGGUGUCAACGUACCAGUAUUCGUUUUGCUGUCAUUAUUGGCGAUUCGGUCAUGUCCCGGGAAAAGUCCCCCAAAAAGAUCACUAUUCCUACCUACCCUAUCAGUGGCAUGUCCUUUACAAAUAGCGCAGAAUCACGUCGAGUGGAGAUAGAUCUGUACUGGAUGCCAGUCCUCCGAGGUGUUUGUUUUGUUGGGAACCGUUCAAAAAGGCAAAAAGAGCUCAAGUCAAAUUGACGUGGUUGGAAUACCUUUACAAGUUAUAGAUCUGUUCAAAGAGCUCGAGGGAUCCAAGCAUCUAUCUGUUUUGUCCAGUCUUCACAUCGGGAUACAUACUGCUCUUCUCCGUCGAAACGCAUAUGAGAACCUCCCUCGCCUCGGUCAGGGAGAAAAGAAGAAGUGCCUUCUCAGCCUCGGAAAAUCAUACGCUCUUCUUUUGUUCUUUGUCGGACCUUGGGGUACAUCCGACAUGGAAGAACAAUCAGUACUACCCAGAGAGUCCGAAAAGAAUGAACCACAAUUCAUAUCGGACGAUGAGUCAACGUCGUCCUCGGCCGUUUCUGUCUCUGUCCCUGUGGUAGCGGAUACUGAACCGCGGGGAGGCGACCUCGAAAAGACACUGAGCAAAUCUACACAGAAAACACAUCGCAGUCAUCGGUCACGGUGGGAACAACAAAUCACUUCGGCCGUGGAUUGGACCGGUGACGAUGACCCUGACAAUCCACUGAAUUGGUCUCGUGCAAAGAAGAUUUAUCAUGUUCUCAUCCCAGCGUUCCAAUGCUUUACAAUUACAUUUGGAUCAUCAGUCAUCUCACCCAGCACUCCUGAAAUAGCGGAACAUUUCAAUGUAUCUCGAACCGCCGCCAUCGUCCCAUUGACCGUCUAUGUCAUGGGUCUCGGUCUCGGACCCGUCAUGAGCGCGCCCCUGAGCGAAACGUACGGUCGCCGAGCGGUGUACCUGCUCUUCUUCCCACCGUCGUUGCUCUUUACGUUGGGCGCCGGAUUUUCCAACUCCUUUGCCAGCCUCGUCAUCUGCCGUCUCCUGGCGGGCGUCUUGGGGUCUGGGUGUCUGGCGGUGGGCGCAGGCACCAACAGUGACCUCUUUGUCCACUUUGACCGGGCCGUCGCGAGCGCCAUGUUCCUCGUGGCCCCUUUUCUGGGUCCGGCCCUGGGUCCGGCCAUAGGAGGGUACGUCGCGAUGAAACGUUCCUGGCGGUGGACGCAGUGGGUGAUUCUGUUCGCCGGUGCCGUCACAUACCUCGUGUGCAUCCCACAGAGAGAGACGUACAAGCGGAUCAUCCUCCAACGGCGAGCGAAGAAACUCGGCGUGCCCGGUCCUCCGAACCCUUUGCCUCCCGGUAUGUCCAAGUGGCGAUUCAUCUUCCUCGUCACGAUCUCGAGACCUCUACACAUGCUCGCCACCGAGAGCAUCGUCGCGUUCCUGAGCGUCUACGUGGCGUUCAACUUCAGCGUCCUGUUUGGCUUCUUCGCAGCCUUCCCUCUGGUGUUUCAACACGCCGUACCGCAAAUUCGCAUCUACAACUUCAACCAGGGCGAGUCCGGGUUGGUGUUUUUGGGGAUAGGGGCGGGGGUCAUCAUCGCCGCGGCGAUUUUCAUCGUCAUGGACAGGUUGACUUAUCGGAGGAAAACCCUCAAGAGGCGAGCCACGGGCGAUUUCACACCCUUGCCACCUGAAGAACGUCUCUGGCCGGCGAUGUUGGGGAGUGUCUUGUUGCCCGUUGGUUUAUUCUGGUUCGGAUGGAGUGCAAGAAAGGAUAUACAUUGGAUCAGUCCAGUUUUGGCGACCAUCCCAUUCGGCAUAGGAAACAUGCUGGUAUUUUGUUCGGGUGUUUUGUACUUGAUUGAUACUUAUGGACCUUUGACUGGUGCGAGCGCCAUAGCCGCGAAUGGAGUUUUGAGAUACGUGAUUGGAGCUGUAUUUCCAUUAUUUACAGUACAGAUGUAUCAAGCUCUAGGUGUACAUUGGUCGACGAGUCUAUUCGGGUUCGUUACCAUUGCGAUGAUGCCAAUCCCCUGGGUCUUGUACAAGUUUGGCCCGAGGAUCAGGAGUAGAAGUUCAUACACUCACGGACCUAAAUGAGUUGUGUUUGUACGUGUCUUCUCCGAUGGAUGAGCUCUUUCUCUUUUUGUUGGUGGUUUUUGGUGUAUGUGUGUUGAGGUGUCCGGAGUUUAUGUGUAUGUUUAUUGCAUAUAAUAUAUAUCUCUCUACGGUUGUCGAGAGACCAGGUAAGCAAAGAAAGGCGUUUUGCAUGGCAUCGUGACAUGAGGGGUCGAUGGACUUUUUGGGAUUAUUGCACCAUAAAUAACCCUAUCUAUCAUACAUUGG